AUGGGGCCCGGGCCCAUUUCUUCUGGGAAAGAUGGGCCCCGAGACAACAAAGGUUCAGAACCCCUCUCCGGACUGUUGAUCAGCCUUCGGUGCGUUAACUGGCUUUUUCUUUCAGUCGCUGCCCCCAUCGACGAGGACGACAAGAUCGUGGGCGGGUACGAGUGCAGGAAGAACUCAGUGCCCUACCAGGUGUCGCUGAACUCUGGCUACCACUUCUGCGGAGGCUCCCUGAUCUCCAGCACCUGGGUGGUGUCCGCCGCUCACUGCUACAAGUCCCGCAUCCAGGUGCGUCUUGGUGAGCACAACAUCGCCGUCAGCGAGGGCACCGAGCAGUUCAUCAACUCCGCCAAGGUCAUCAGGCACCCCAGAUACAGCAGCCGCAACCUGGACAACGACAUCAUGCUGAUCAAGCUGAGCAAGCCCGCCAGCCUCAACAGCUACGUCCGCACCGUGUCCCUGCCCUCCAGCUGCGCCAGCUCCGGCACCAGGUGUCUCAUCUCUGGAUGGGGCAACAUGAGCAGCUCUGGAAGCAACUAUCCUGACCGUCUGAGGUGCCUGGACGCCCCCAUCCUGAGCGACAGCAGCUGCAGGAGCUCCUACCCCGGACAGAUCACCUCCAACAUGUUCUGCGCUGGAUUCCUGGAGGGAGGCAAGGACUCUUGCCAGGGCGACUCCGGUGGCCCCGUGGUCUGCAACGGCCAGCUGCAGGGUGUGGUGUCCUGGGGAUACGGCUGUGCCCAGAGGAACAAGCCUGGAGUCUACGCCAAGGUCUGCAACUACAACUCCUGGAUCCGCAGCACCAUGUCCUCCAACUAAAGCCGCCAAAUGGCAAUAAGUUGUU